GAGUUCAAUCGACGGAAUAUGCGGGAGGCUAAUGAUAAUCCUGGGCUCAAGUGACUGCCAAAUGACGAACUCUUUCCCUCGCGCUCUUUGCUGUCGACCACGACCUUCUACCGCUUGCUCAGGAUGGCCCUCGAAACACUGUCCGCCAACAAGUCCUUCGGCGGCGUCUUGACCAAAUAUAAGUUCAAAUCCGCGGCUCUAGGGGGACUUGACACGCAGUUCAACCUAUUCCUUCCGGCCAAUGCUUCCCAGGGAAAGGUCCCUGUUCUGUUCUACCUGGCUGGUCUGACAUGCACCGAAGAUAACGGGGCCCAGAAAGGUGGUUUCCUUAGAGAUGCCGCCGACGAGGGUAUCGCCAUUAUCUUUCCUGAUACAUCUCCCCGCGGCGCAGGGAUCGAGGGGGAGGACAAAGAUUGGGACUUCGGAGUCGGGGCUGGAUUUUACUUGAAUGCCACCAAUCCCAAAUUCGCGAAACACUAUAACAUGGCUACGCACAUCACCUUGGAAUUGCCGGAAGUUAUUGAAGCUGCCGGCAUUCCCAUCGACUUCUCACGGCAGUCUAUCUUUGGCCACUCGAUGGGUGGUCAUGGCGCCCUAACCUUGUACCUAGCCGCUCUAUCGAAGGGAUCCAAGAGUAGGCCAUUCCGUUCCGCGUCCGCCUUCUCCCCUAUUGCAAAUCCCACCAAAUGCCCGUGGGGCCAAAAGGCGUUCAAUGGCUAUCUGCAGGGUGGCGUCGAUGAAGCUGCGCCGCUAUAUGAUGCCACCGAGAUGAUUACCAAGAUCAAGGACAACGUCCACAUAUUGAUCGAUUAUGGAACUGGUGACAACUUCUAUAAACAGGGCCAGCUCUUACCCGAGAAUUUCCUCAAGGCGGCUAGAGAUGCUGGCCAUGACGAGGUGCAAGUCCGCGUGAGGCCGCAAGACGGAUACGACCACAGUUACUACUUCAUUUCCACUUUUGGGCCUGAUCAUGUCCAUUUCCACGCAAAUUUCCUGAAGGCAUGAUUGAGGCGCGGCAAGAAUAUGAAAGAAGUUCGCAGGGAUGUAAGUCAAAUGCAGGUAGAAGGAGCAUUGUAAACGAUACAAGUUACGAAUCAAAGUGCAUUUUGCUUGAUUCAACUGUC